AUGUCCUCACGGAAGAUCUCCUCCGAAUCCUUCAGCUCCAUUGGCUCUGAUUACCUGGAGAGCCCCGGCGAGGACGGAGAGUGUCCGUUCUCACGCGACUUCUGGAACGGCCGGAGUCCCGUGGAGACGCUCUCGUGUCCGUUCGAUGACGCGGCCGUCAGCAGGCGGGCCGCCCGACGCAAACGCGUCAAUCUAGACUCGCUCGGGGAGAGUUUGAGACGGCUCACCUCACCCACGAAACAGACCAUUCAUUUGGCCUUGCAGAGAACGGUGGAUUUUUACAGACAGAGAGAAAUCAGCGGACAAGAGUUUGUAAGAAACUUGUCAGAUGAGCAGAAGUGUUUUUUUGAUAACUCACGAUGUGACAGCCAGACCGACAUCUCAGGAAUAUUGAAACACACGGCCACUAUUUUAGGUGUUGACUUCACCACCGUACGGGGCCUAUUUGGUGAGGAAUUCUUCGGUUUAUGUCUGGAGGAGAACGAGAGGGUUCUGCGAUCUCUCGGAGGAAACCUGCAGGAUUUCUUCAAUGGUUUCGAUGCUCUUCUAGAACAUAUUAGAACGUCCUGUGGGCAGCGAGCUUCGUCCGAGGUCCCCUCUUUCCUAUGCAAAGACACUCUUCAGGAGAACGAAGAAUCAGAUGGAGAGAGGGAUGGAGGGCGGACUCUUCUCCUCCAUUGUUUCAACCCCGACCCUACUGUGGGCGUGGCUAUGCCGGGGUUGAUUCGAGCCGCCGCUCGACGAAUCUACCAGUCGGACGUUUUGGUGGAAGAAGCUCCUCCCUCUUGGCUGCACACAGCCAAUGAGGAUGGAGAGCUCUCAGCGGACUCCUCCCUCUCUUCAUCUCCAUCUCCACUAUCUUUGUCCUCUCCUGCCUGUUUAUCCUUCCUUAUCAAAGAGAUUCGGACUCAACCUACAUCUUCAUCAUCUUCAUCCUUAUCCUCGCACCCCACCACCGCAUCUCGGCAGCUUUCGCGCUCACCGCUGGAUCUACGGAUCAGCUUGAGCACGUUUUCUCGAGCCUUCCCCUUCCAUCUGGUGCUGGGACCCAACAUGGAUAUUCUGCAGGUCGGCGAGGGGCUUCGUAAACAGGCCAAGGGCGAACCACACCGAACACUCACCUUCAGCAACAGCUUUGAGUUGGUUUCUCCCAGAAUACCCUGCACGUUCCAGAACAUCCUACUUAGGCUGUCCACACCAUUCACCAUUCGAACACGACCAGAUGGGCCGGGACUCGACAGCAAGGAGAAGGUGAUGGAACUCAAAGGUCAGAUGCUUCACUUACCUGAAUCCAACUCCAUCAUGUUCCUGGGCUCUCCGCGUGUUGAUAGGCUAGAGGAGCUCAUGGGGCGGGGCUUACAUCUGUCGGACAUCCCCAUGCAUGAUGCUACGCGUGAUGUCAUCCUGGUUGGGGAACAGGCGAAAGCCCAGGAUGGACUGAAGAAACGCAUGGAUAAACUCAAAGCCACUCUGGAGAAGACCCAUCAAGCUUUAGAAGAGGAGAAAAGGAGAACCGUGGAUCUGCUAUAUUCCAUAUUCCCUGGCGACGUGGCUCAGAGACUGUGGCAGGGACUUCCUGUUCAAGCCAAGAAGUUUGAUGAUGUCACUAUGCUGUUCUCCGAUAUCGUGGGUUUCACGGCGGUUUGUGCGCAGUGUACGCCAAUGCAGGUCAUCAGCAUGCUGAACGAACUCUACACACGCUUUGACUACCAGUGCGGAAUACUGGACGUCUAUAAGAUUGAAACUAUAGGCGAUGCUUACUGUGUGGCGGGUGGGCUCCACAGGAAGAUUGACAGCCAUGCCAAGCCAAUCGCCCUCAUGGCUCUUAAGAUGAUGGAGUUGUCAGAAGAAGUGUUGACGCCCGAUGAAAAGCCAAUCAAGUUGCGCAUUGGUAUCCACUCGGGUUCAGUGCUGGCUGGUGUCGUGGGUGUGAAGAUGCCACGCUACUGUCUGUUUGGAAAUAACGUCACGCUGGCCAGCAAGUUUGAAUCGGGCAGUCAUCCGCGCUGCAUCAACGUCAGCCCAACCACAUACCAACUCUUGCGUGACGAUCGCUCGUUCUCCUUCGUCCCUCGCUCCAGGCAGGAGCUUCCCGACAACUUCCCCAAAGAGAUCCUGGGAAUCUGCUAUUUUCUGGAGGCGGGCAAAUCCCAGAACCACGCCUCCCUCACCAGCACUCGCUCCGUCCCCGUACGCAAAGUGUCCUAUAACAUUGGGACCAUGUUUUUACGGGAGACUAGCCUCUGA